GCACGGGUAGGAACGUCAGCCGCAUGGCGCUGUUUCUGGGGACGCACAUUUCAGUGAUGGACUGUGUACAUCUCUAUGGAUAACGUGUGUACAGGCAGCUGGUGACCGCCGUGUCCGCCGCACCCCUGGGUGUGGGGCAUGUACGGGCUACAGAUCCGGGUGUACGGCGGCAGCAGCAGCAGGGACGUGGCGGAGGGGCCCCGGGGGCUGGGAGCUGUCAGCCAUGAGGAUCCUCUUUCUGGCCUGUAUGAGAGCAAACACUGGGAACUCCACCACUGCCGACAGGAUCAGGAGUCACCUUGAAGAGGCAGGCCAUGAGUGCGAGCUCAGAGACGCGGCUGGCGUGCACAGCUCAUCAGAGGUAGCCAAACUGAUUUCCCAAAGAACGUUUGAUGCUGGACUGGCCAUCCACGUGUACAAAGCAGGCAGAUUUCUACUUGGUAACAGAAUACCUUUUGGGGUCAUCUUUGGUGGGACGGACAUAAAUGAAGAUGUGAAAAAUGAAGAAAAAUACAGGGUAAUGGGAACUGUGCUUGAGGAUGCCAGAUUUGCUGUUGCGUUUACGUGUAAGAUAAAGGAAGUUGCAGCAAAACAUUGGCCCCAAGCAUUAUCUAAGAUACACAUCCAGCCUCAAGGAAUUCUAACCAUGCCAAGUGUAUCGUUUGAUUUUGAAGCCUUUCUUCACAAUGCAGGGAUGAUGCAUCUCCCAGGAAAUGCGCACAUUUUCCUUCUAGUUUGUGGCCUCAGAAGAGUUAAAGACCCGCUGUACCUGGUUGAGGUCUUUGCAGAGUGGCAUGAAAGGGAAGCAAAUGUUUGCUUGGCUAUUAUUGGGCCAAUGGUAGAUUCAUUAUUUACAAGUGAGGUCAAAGCUAAGCUUCAGAACAUUGAUGGCGUUCACCUCAUUGAAGAAAUACCACAGGAAGACUUACAGGCUCUGAUAAAGAGAAGCUUUGCCGUGGUGAAUAGCUCUCUGUCUGAGGGCAUGUCGGCAGCCAUUCUUGAGGCUAUGGAUUUAGAAAUCCCUGUGCUGGCAAGGGAUAUACCGGGGAAUGCUGCAAUAAUACGCCAUGAAGAUACCGGUUUACUCUUUUCAAAGCCUGAGGAAUUUGUCAAACUGGCUAAGAGACUGAUGAGUGAACCAGACCUGAAAAGGAAAAUUACUAAUAAUGCAAAGAACUAUAUUCGUACUCGCCAUUCAUGGGAGCUUGAAAGGGAAACCUAUCAAAAUCUUGUGCAAAUCUUCCUGACUGAAGGACUUUGAAGUGAAACGAAGACGAUGGAUGUAUAUGAAUUUCAGCUGCAUAUGAAUGACUAGAUAUUUUCAUAUUGUGAAUUUAUUUUCUACAACUUUAAAAUAAGUGAUGUUUUUAAGAUUUGUAUCUGAACAGUUUUUAAAGAAAAUGUUUUUUUUUUGUUAAGAAAACAUCUGUUUUCAUGUUCUGGGUGAAUGUUUUUUGACAUUUCUGUCUGUAUCUGGGUUUUAAUUGGAACUUGUGUAUUCUUGUUUUAACUGAAUCUCUCAGCAAUUUUGAACCCUGGAAACUGUUGACAGCACUAGAAAGGUGACGGAGAGAGCAGCACAGUCAUACAUGCUGUAGUUGGCAAGUUAGUUUAUUUCAAAAUUUUAAUUAAGUUCAUAAUCUUACUGUAUUCAUCAUGCAAGUUACAUGGCCGAUAAACCAAUGUUUUUAUCUCCCUGGCAUUGUCACCCCAGGAGACUGUUAAGCAUGUAUUACACAGGCCGAUUGAGCAAGCGAUCAUUCCCUCCUGCUACUCUCAUGCUAGCUAGCGGAGGAGGCCUCUGCUAUUACAUGGAGCGAUCACUAUGCCAUUGCUCGUCCCCAUACUGUCUAGUGGUUUGCCUGUGGCAGAUCGUAAUUAGACAGCAUGAUCCGCCACCAGCAAACAAUAAUUUUUAAGCAUGCUUAACAGUCACAAUUGCCCAAUGAACAAGCGUUCGCUUAUUCAUCUGGUAAUCGGCGGCAGUAUUACACUGCAAGAUGAUCGCUAAUGAGCAUUCAUUCAAACGCUCCUUUGCAAGCAUCUGCCAAAAACAUGGGCAGGUGUAAUACCGCCUUUAUUUCAUAUUCACUGACCUGCCAGCCCCUCACUCUUUCUCUGAGAGCUUUUGGGGGUGGAUACUAUUCAGUGUAGAGAGCCCAGGACACUGAACAGGAAGGGACUGCCACCCCCAGUUGCAGCAGCGUGGUGGAUGAAAGCAUCAAUUGUUCGGUCAUGCAGCCUGCUUGACCAUUACUUAUGGUAUGACUGCUGCUCUGCCUUUCUUCUAUACAGUGCUGGCAGCUGCUUUGAGGGAUCAAACAUGCUAAAAGAUUACCUUUUAGAAUUGUGUUGUGUCAUUCAUUAAAGGGAUUUUUUACAUACAGAUUAAAACUGUAAAUAGUAGCAAUUUUCAUGUUUUUGACAGAUGUGUUGCAUAUGCCAUGACUAUGGAUUUUUUGGGCCUUGAGAAUAGGGAUGAUGCAUCACACUAGCUGUACUUUCCAACCAAGAAAUGUACUAUUCAUAAUGGCAUCAGGUUCUGGUGACAUGGACAGAGACCGUCUACUAGCCAUAAAUCAGAAGGAAAUCGACUUCAAGAAACAUAAUUGUGGCAAACAUCUGUAUCAGCCAGAUUUUUGUUAAAAAUUUAAAUGGCACAGGCAACUUUGUUCCCUAUAAGGAAUUAUUGAGAUCACAUUGUGAUAAUGCUCUUUGUGCUGCAGCUUGAAGGUAUCUAAGAGUUUCUGCAUAGCCGUAGUCUACAGGGAGUCCUAAUAAUGUGAUGUAUGCACUGGAGUUAUUGUAGAAGAAAUAUCUCAUAUUAUUCUCUAUUGCUUUAUUUCAGUCAUGUUAUGUGCCUUCCACCAUAUGUCCUCCUUUUUAUUAGGCUGGAGCAUGUUCACUCAGCAAUUGUAGGCCAUAAAGGUUCUCUAGUCAUUGACAAAUAAAAUACUGUACCAAGCAGGA